AUGACUCCCUUCCUUCUACUGUUCGCUGCCCUGGUCUUUCCCUUUCCCCUGGCAUCAGCGUCUCCGGUGAAGAGGCAGACAACAGGCGUAGAUGCUGACGGUGACGGCCUGCUCUCCUAUGCUGAGGUGUCCGCCGCAAUGACACUACACGAGGCACUUGUCGUCCUGGACAGAGAUGGUGACGGCUUCAUCUACCUGCCGCAGAUCAUCGAGCUGUGGGGAACCGGAGACAAGUUUUACGAACUGAACACCGACGGCGACGAUCACCUCACCUUCAGGGAGAUUGAGAACGGGAUGACUCUGCAGGACUUUUACAACGAGUUCGACUUCAACGGCGACGGGACUCUCGACGUUGCUGAAGCUUACCAGAUCAACUACAUCUACGACACGAUCAACGCUCCAGUGACGGCCGUCGACCCCCUGGACUCGAACGGAGACGGACAACUGUCCAAGCUGGAAGUACUGAGCGCUAUGACUUAUGACGAGGUUUUGACUGCGGUUGACGCUGACGGCGAUGGGCUCAUGACCCGUGCUGAGCUGAUGGUGCUGUUCGGUAACAAGACCGCCGACUUUAUCACCGCCCAAGACGACAAUCGCGACGGGUCGGUGAGCAUUGGCGAGGCUCACCACCAUCACAUGAGACUGGACGGGGUCUUCGACAUACUCGAUCUCGACGUUGUUUAA